UACCGACGCAGCGUCAUGGCGUCUCUGGGUGAAGAGCUGCUCAACGUCGUCAACCGCUUGCAGGACCUCGUCUUCAACACCAUCGGCAAUGAUUCUCUCGAUCUUCCCCAGAUUGUUGUUGUAGGAUCGCAAUCCUCCGGCAAAUCAUCUGUUCUCGAAAACAUCGUUGGCAGAGACUUCCUCCCUCGAGGAAGUGGCAUCGUCACCCGUCGCCCACUGAUCCUACAACUCAUAAAUCUUCCGAGCGACCGCGAAGAUGUUCCCGAAGGCCAUGAGGUGCACAUUCCUCAUACCCCGGCUGCUGUAGCCGGCCAGCAGGAAUGGGGAGAGUUUUUGCAUUGCCAGGGUCGACGCUUCUACGACUUCAACGAUGUCCGCCGGGAAAUCGAGGCUGAGACCGCGAGAAUAGCAGGAAACAACAAGGGUAUCGACCGCCAGCCCAUCAACCUCAAGAUCUAUUCUCCUCAUGUCCUCAGCUUGACUUUGGUCGAUUUACCCGGUCUAACUAAAGUCCCCAUUGGUGAUCAACCAACCGACAUCGAGAAGCAAACGCGUAACCUCAUCACCGAAUACAUCGCGAAGCCGAACAGUGUCAUCUUGGCCGUCUCCCCCGCAAAUGUUGAUCUUGUCAACUCAGAAGCCUUGAAGCUAGCCCGUCAUGUCGAUCCUAUGGGAAAGAGGACUAUUGGUGUUCUCACUAAGUUGGACUUGAUGGAUCACGGUACAAACGCUCUUGACAUUAUUUCCGGUCGUGUAUACCCACUCAAGCUCGGAUUUAUUGGUAUCGUCAACCGUUCGCAACAGGACAUCCAAACCGGCAAGCCUUUGGCCGACGCGCUCGAGGCCGAACGCGACUUCUUCAAGCACCACCCUGCAUACAGGAACAUGGCGAACCGCUGUGGUACACAAUUUUUGGCCAAGAGUCUCAACCAAACGCUUAUGGCACACAUUCGCGACCGACUACCUGAUAUCAAGGCUCGAUUGAACACUCUUAUGGGACAAACGCAACAAGAACUCGCCAGCUACGGAGACGUAACAUUUUUGGGCAAAGAGCACAGAGGAUCGCUGAUCCUGCAGCUCAUGACUCGAUUCGCGUCAUCCUUCAUCGCCUCGAUCGACGGUACUUCUGCCGAGAUCUCUACCAAAGAACUUUGCGGCGGCGCUAGAAUUUACUACAUCUUCAACUCCGUUUUCGGCAACUCGCUCGAGCAGGUGGAUCCGACACAGAAUCUUUCUGUGCUUGAUAUCCGGACAGCCAUCAGGAAUUCCACUGGUCCCCGUGCCAGCCUGUUUGUCCCGGAAUUGGCCUUUGACCUGCUUGUCAAGCCUCAGAUCAAGCUUUUGGAAAUCCCGAGUCAACGUUGCGUCGAACUUGUAUAUGAAGAACUGAUCAAAAUAUGCCAUACAUGCGGUUCAACAGAGCUAACCAGGUAUCCUCGUCUUCAAGGAAAGCUCAUCGAAGUGGUGUCGGAUCUUUUGAGGGAACGACUUGGCCCAUGCGCACAGUACGUGGGUUCGCUAAUCGACAUCCAACGCGCUUACAUCAAUACGAACCACCCCAACUUCCUGGGCGCAGCCGCUGCCAUGUCCUCGGUUAUCAACGACAAAGAGCAGCGAGAGAAGAAGUUGAUGAUGGAAGCAGAAAAGAAGAAGAGAGAGAGGAGAAGGUUGAAGGAGUUAAAUGGGGCCAACGGCGAGGAGACUCCAGCUAUCGAGGAGGAGGGCGAGACCCAAACGGAUAAGGCUCUCCCACUCCGGAAACAUCAAACUCAGGCCAGCCGCAGCAUGUCGCCCGCUGUUGGGCGUCUUGUGAACGGGGGUCACGGCAGUGUCUCGAGCGCACUAAACGGCACUCGUGCUCGCUCACCACCGCCGCUGGGAGGUGCAGGCUCAACGCGUGAUACCUUCUUGAACUACUUCUUCGGAAAAGAUGGUGCACCCGGAGGAAAUACGCAGCAGCAGCACCCGCACCAGCAGAAUGCAAUUGAGAGUCGACCGGGCAGUCGGCACGUGUCGCAGAACAGCGAGCCCAGCUUCGCUCAAAGCAUCCGAAGAGGAGACACCCGGCAACCUUCUCAUGUGCUGGAGAUGAUGCCAGAUGACCAUGAAACCAUCGGCAACGCAAGUCAAAGUUUAGAAGGUGGAUUUCCCACGGAUGCCGAACAAGCACCGGCCAUGACGGAGCGAGAAGCGCUCGAAACAGAGCUCAUCCGUCGUCUGAUCUCUUCGUACUUCAACAUUGUUCGCGAAACGGUUGCAGACCAAGUACCCAAGGCUGUGAUGCACUUGCUCGUCAACCACUCCAAGGAUGUGGUGCAAAACAGGCUUGUCAGCGAGCUGUACAAGGACAACCUGUUUGAAGAGCUGCUCUACGAAGAUGAUACGAUCAAGGCCGAACGCGAGAAGUGCGAGAAGCUGCUCACGACAUACAAGGAGGCGGCCAAGAUUGUGGGUGAAGUGAUAUAG